AUGGAGAUUCUUUUCAAGCUAAUGACAUUUUCAUGGUCAAGUAGGGAUAUCCCAAAAGCUACCACACCGUACGAUGCCACGGCUGCGAAGGCCCCCCCAAAGAUCGCGCCGGGAAGAAGAGAGCUGAAUGGCGCGAACAAGGCCAUUCAAAAAGCUCGGAGAUUUAACGUCUUCCUGAUCAAUAUGAAGAAGACAAAUUUGGAUACGUUCAUUGGCAGAUACGCAGACCGGCAGCCACUCACCUUUCUGAUGCCUCGCGACGAAGCGUUCUCCGCGCUUCCAGCCAACAUCCGCCAGCAGUUAUCCGGCAAGAAGCUGGUGCAGCUCAUACAGUACCAUAUGCUCAUGGAGAAGGCCGUGAGGAUAAGUUCCGUUAGGUAUGCCACUCCGAACACAGCAAGCGUCAUUUCCGGUGAUAUUGGCGGGAUGAACACCUUCCUUCGGUUUGCUUGCCAUGGGAUUGACAAAGUUAUCAUCCCUCCUGGGGUUUUCACUUGA